AUGACACUUGAUCAGUACGAAACAUCAGGAGGAGAGUUUGGCAAUAGUAGUAUUAACGCUUUCGGCGUAAACACAUCGUUUUACCAUUCGGAGUUGUAUGGAGAGAUGUUCAAGCUUUAUGGGAAGAAAACUAACACUGCUUGCCGAAAUGCGCUAUUCCUGCUCAUUCAGGUCCAUUCCAGUCCGGAAAAUUUUAUGAGCAGAAAGGCAAUCAGAUUGUCGUGGGGAAAUAUGAAGAAUUUUAUCGGCAAAGGGCAACAAAGUAUCAGCUCAUUGAGGUCUUGGAAAACAGUAUUUCUUAUUGGUCAGAGCUCUGACCCCAGAUUGAACGACCUCGUUCUCCAAGAAGCUAACAUCUACAAAGAUAUUAUGAUUGGGUCUUUUAAAGAUACAUAUCGUAAUCUUAACAUGAAGAUGAUCUUUAGCUUGAAGUGGCCGCUGGAGCAAAAGUGUCGCGUCUCCUAUAUUCUUAAGACAGACGAGGAUUGUUACGUGAACAUUUGGAAUCUUCUUCAUUGGCUAAGGAGCUAUCAUGAAGCCAACGGGUGGCGCCCUCUAUACGCCGGUCGAGUUCAAACAGAGAUGCCAGUUGUACGGGAUACCAAAAGUCGCUACUACGUCUCGGAGGAAGAUCACCCCGCGGAUAUUUAUAAACCGUAUGCUUCCGGAGGAGGAUAUGUGAUAAGUGCAAGUUUACUUCCGGCACUUGUCAAUGUUUCACGAACAUCACCGAUCUUUGCAAAUGAAGAUGCACUACUCGGUUCGCUGAUGUACCGGAUCGGAAUACAAUGGACCGACAACCAGAAAUUUUUACCACUCAUAUUUUGUUCUCAUUUGAACAAGUACCGUUUUCGAGACAUGCACAUGUGCGGUUUAUCGAGACAGAUCAUUUUGCAUGGCAUAAGAGGCAGGCUGCAACUAGAAAUGCAUUUUAAUAGCGCCUUGUAUAAUCACUUUCCAUCGUUGUGUUCCUCGCAUAUGAACUACGAAGACAUGCGGGACGUGUGCGAAUGAUUAAGUGAAAAUUUUGAGCUACGUUAUUGUGUCAGUGCUGGUGUGGACUUACUUGUCACC